AUGUUAGUUAGCAUCUUUCAACUACAACGCAUGAAAUAUAAAGAAUUUGAUCGACUUGUUGAAUGUGCAAUAGACACAAGUCAAUGGCAACUAAUAUAUGAAAAUAUGACAAACACAACAACAAGAAAUUCAUCAAAUACGAUUUCAACAUUUAAUUUAAGAGAAUUAUUUGCUGCAUGUGGUAGGAAAAUGUUUUCAUAUCAAAUGUUAUUAAUUGGCUCAUUAUCAUGUGCAAAACAGAUGCAAUAUUUCAUUGUAUUCAACAGCAUAAACAAGACAACUUUAACUGAACAAUAUGUUUUAAGUCAGUUGCACAUGCUUUAUCAAAUAACACCAUAA